AUGACUAUUAUUACUCAAUUGGAAGACUUAUCGAAUGAAAUAUUUUUGGAAAUAUUCGAGUACUUAUACGCAGAUGCUAUUUUUUUUACAUUUGGUUCACUGAAUUCACGUAUUUCAUUACUUCUAAAUUCAAUUCCUCUUCACAUCAACAUUCAUUCGACUUACUGUCGUCAUGAAGUUAAAUUUUUGUAUAAUCAUUUGAAAUUUCAUUCUUCACAAGUUGUUUCGCUACAAAUUUAUGAUGAAAUAUGUGACCAAAAAAAUGUUAUUGCGUAUCUAUUCGAUCGAUAUGAUUUUGUUAAUCUUCAUUCUUGUAUAUUUCAUUUAAUUAAUUCAACAUCCAAAUUGAAAAUUGUUUUUGAAAAAUUGUCAAAAUUAACUAAGAUUGUUUUAUUUCGUAUAAUUCAAUCUUGUAACGUUCCAGAAGACAACCUUAAUAGGUCUGAUGCAGAUAAAUUUAGUCAAUUGAUUUUGGUAGAUACACCUGAAACACUUCGGUCAACUGCUCUUUAUUUUCAUUAUAAUCAUCCACAAAUAGUAACCAUUAAGACAGUUGCAACAAAUCUUACACAUCUACAAAUAGUCUUUUAUGGGACAUUAAAUGAUGUAUCGAUCUAUUCACUUAUUCCUUUGCUUCGUAUUCAUAGUGCAUUACGAUCUCUUUGUGUAACAAUUAAAAGUACAGAACAACCAAUGAGUAUUUCUAUAAAUGUGCCUAGUCUUCCAUCUAUUAACGAAGAUGAUCUACCUAAAUCAUUAUUAUUAAAAAAAUUUGAUUUACAAAUAGUAAUGAUUCGAUGUGAUAUUCAGUUAAUUGGUCUUAUUCUUCGUUGUAUGCCUAAUCUUCAUCGAUUUGUUUUUACAAUUAUUGUUGAUAAGAAUAUUUCACCAUUUAUGAUGGAUUUGAUUAAUGGACAAAAUUGGCGUGAGAUGUUAACAUGUCAUGUACCUUAUUUGAAUAAAUUUGAUUUUCAUAUGUCUUUGUUAACAAAUGGCCAACCGAUUGAUUUAGACAAUAUUCUCAACUCAUUCAGAUCUUUUAUCAAUCUAUAUGAAAAAUGGGAUAUGUGCAUUAGUCGAUGGAAAUUUAUGCCGUAUAUUCCAUAUUUACCUUUGUUUCCAUUUGAACAUAUCCAUUUGUGGACACUCAAUUAUAAUCAUGUGAUAACACGUCGUGAAUAUGAUAUGCCGACAAUAAUAAUUAGUGAUACAUUCGAUAUAAGAUCAACAAACAGAUUUAAUCUGAAUAAUUAUCAUCAUCAAUUUCCUGGCAAAAAAAUGCAUUUUUUUAUGACGAAGAAAACAAUAACAACAACAACAACAGCUCCUCCUCAACUAGCUACUACUGUUACAUGCGAAAAUGUCAAUUAUAUCGUAUGCCACUUAGCAUAUCCGAAUCCAGCAAUUAUAUCAUCCUUAGAAAAUAGUAUGAUACGGCUAGAUCGAAGGCAUGUCCAAAUGUCACAGAACUUAUUAUAG